AUGGCCCAGGCACAUUCUGCACAGAUCCAGCAGGAUCUCUUAGGCUCUGAUCAAGAAAGACUCUACAGAGAAGUGAUGCAAGAGAGUUAUAACACCAUCUUCAGAGCUUCUCCUCUUCAGCUUCAAAAAUCUGAACUCCUGGCGCAUCUGAAACGAGGACAGGAAGGACUUCAGAGUUCCAGCAAUGGUACUGAUCAAAAGCUGGUUAAAGAAGCCCGGAAGAAAUGGCCAGAAGCAGGAACCUGGUGGAAUUCCUACCGGAGUCCCGUGAGCGUGCCCACUUCAGAUUCAUCAAGUUCAGACGAUGACGUCACAAGCGAGAAGGAAGAGGAGGAGAGCGUUCAGUGGAAGAACCAGCGGGUUGGGAAGCCUCGGGCUGCUUUGCUAGGCCAAUGGGAGAGCGUCCAGCGGCAGGGGAAAGCGUGCAAGAUUCAGCACAGCCGCCUGCAGAACUCUCGCCCCAGUGUUAAUUGUGCUGAGGUAAAAAAGAAAGGCCUUCUUGCCGGCAGCGACAGCCAGCAAGGAAUUAAUACCGAAGACAGCCAGAAUGAAUGCACUGUGUGUGGGAAAAGCUUUGGCAGGAGAUCAUCCCUCAUCAGACACUUCAAAGUCCACAGCGGAGAUAAACCUUUUCGGUGCUCCAUCUGUGGCAAGUGCUUCCUGGCGAAAACCAGCCUGAUUUUACAUAAAGAGAGUAUGCAUAAAAAACGAAGAGGAAAGAAAUGUUGGGAAUGUCGUGAGUGCGGGCAGAGCUUUGCCACGAAAGCCUUUCUGACGGAGCACCGCGAGAUGCACAGCGGUGAGAAGACGUAUCCGUGCCCUGCCUGCGAGAAAAGCUUUGCGGAAACCAGGCACCUCGUGAAGCAUCUUAUGACCGCUCACUCAGGGGAGCAUGUCUUCAAGUGCCCUGUGUGUGGGAAAGGCUUCAUGAAGGAGAAGGACCUCAUGAGGCACCGAGCAAAGAACCACGGGAAGAGCCACUGCUUUCUAAGCCUGGACGAUGAAAACGGCUGCAAGGAAAAACCAUCCCCAGUCAAACACAAGAGACUUCAUUUGAACCCCGACAUUCUGCCUCGUGCCGCGUCCGAAGGAAACGCUGGGGUGGGGCGCGCCCUUCGCUGUGCUCAUUGCGGGAAGUCUUACAAGCAGGAGAAAGCUUUUAUUAAUCAUCAGAAUGUUUGUGUGAGGCAGCAACCAAGUGCUGAAGGGAAAGUCCCCAAGGGAGACGGUCCUCCCCUCACUAAAAACCAGAUCACCCACGUGGAAAUGAACGAUAACACUUGCUUCGACUGUGGAAAACCCGUCUGCAAAAGUUCACCGCUGGCCUCCGAGCCCAAGACGGACCAGGAGAAAAACCUCCAGGUGUGCCCGGAAUGUGGGGAAAGCUUUAGGGACGGCCAAUGUUUCGCGGAUCACCUGAGAAGCCACCAAGAGGCGCCAUCUUCUCAAAACGCCUCCAGUUGGGAGGGCCUCGGGGGAAAAACACUGCCCGUUGGCCGGCAGGAAACGCAGGAGAAGAAGAGCCGCUACCAGUGCCAAGGCUGCCGGCGAGACUACUCGACUCAUUAUAACCUCAGGAGGCACCAACGCAUCCACACGGAAUGCCGGUCCAGAAGGAACGCUCACAAGGGGAAGGAUGCCGCCUACGGCUGGUUCUUCCCAGACUUGCAGAAAGGCCGUGGCGGCAAAGAACCGGCCCUUCAGCACAAGUGCACCUACUGCGGGAAAGGGUUCAAAACGAAAAGCACCCUCGGUCGACAUCAGCAGAUCCACAUCAAAGGCAAGCCUUACAAAUGCAGCAUCUGCGGGAAAGCAUUUGUCUACUGGUACACCCUUGCUCACCACCAAGAAAUCCAUCUGGAAGACCAGCUCUACCAGCACAAGUGCUCCUUCUGCACGAAAGCCUUCAGGACCCCGUCGGCCCUCCGCCGACAUCAGCAGCUGCACAAGGAAGGCAAGCCGUACAUCUGCAACAUCUGCGGGAAAGCUUUUGCCUACAGGUACAACCUCACCCAUCAUCGGGAAAUACACGUAGAAGGGCAGAUCUAUAAGUGCUCUUUCUGCUGGAAAGCCUUCCGAACCAGUUACUCCCUCAGCAGGCACAAGCGCAUCCACACGGAGACCAGGUCCUACCAAUGCCCUACUUGCAGGAAAGCCUUUGGAACAAAGUACUCCCUUUGGAGGCAUCAGGAGAUGCAUGUGAAAGAGGAUCCAGACAGUUUGCUUGGCGGGAAAGAGGCUGGGGACGACUGGGUCAGAGAUCAAGCUAGCGGUAGCGACGACAGCGUGGACAAACAGGUUGCCAGUUCGGUCCACUCUCAAUGCCAGGGAGUCCACAAGGAAAAAAAACCUCCUGAAGGUUCUGGGAAUAGGAGCAGCUCGCCCCUCCCCAAUCAUCAAAGCCCCCGCGUAGAAGAAAAUGCUACUAAACAGUCGGACAGUCAGACUUUCAGGAACGUUGAGUUAGGGGUUAAAGGUCAAGACAGGCCUGUAAAAGGAGAGCUCCAGCAGUGGACCAACGGUUCGGUGUACACAGGACAGGGAGUCCAAUCGGAGGAAGGUCCCCCAGGGUCCUCUGAAAACGGGGAAGUUUUCUUAGGCAACUUGGGAAACCAUGCCAUUAAAGAGCCAGCUGACUGGUGUUUCCUAGGUAAAUUGCCCAGUGUUGGUCAACAGGGAAUGGUCCUGCAGGAAAAGAAAUAUACUUGCUCUAAUUGUGGGAAGUCCUUUAGAGAUAAAUACUCCCUUACAAGACAUCAGAAAGUCCACAUUCCUGAGAGACCCUAUCAGUGUCCAAGAUGUGAGAAAAGUUUCCGCAGCGCUAAAGACCUGGACAAGCAUCAGAUAACCCAUUCAGAUCUGAGGCCUCAUCAGUGUGGAGAAUGCGGGAAAUGCUUGAAGACGAAAUACUCGCUCGAUAAGCAUCAGAAGACCCACAAAGGGGAAAAGCCGUUCUGCUGCUCUUACUGUGGCCGAAGGGUUACCACGAGCACAAUUCUUCGGUAUCAUCAGAGAACCCACACCGGGGAGAGGCCGUAUAAAUGUGCAGUGUGUGAUAAAAGUUAUAUCAGCAAAUGGUCCCUUAAAAAACAUUUGGAGUUGCAUUACAAAACGAGUCUGCCAAAGGACCCUCAGGAAGCAGAUCAGCUCGAUCAGAAAUUUUAAGGUGUCUU